AAAAAAACAACACAGACAAAAUUAUAAUAUAGUGUGAUUUAUUGCUAGGAUUUUUUUAGAUGUACUCACCGUUCCACGCAUCAAUAUCAACACUGAAUAUUGAUAAUAAAAUAUAAAAUUUAUUUUUGCUUAUGUUCAGAGAGCUGCUGUCAUUAUAUUAUAUUUUGCCUCAAAUCCACUAAAAUGACGUCUAUAAUAAAAUUAUUCAUUUUAUCAGGGGCUAUGGAUGAAUCACCACCAUGUUAUUUAUUACAAAUUGAUGAUUUUAAAUUCUUAUUGGAUUGUGGAUGGGACGAACAUUUUAAUAUGGGCUUGAUAAAGAAAUUGAAAAGGUAUAUACCUCAAAUAGAUGCUGUACUACUCUCGCAUCCGGAUAAAUUUCAUCUUGGAGCAUUACCUUACCUUGUUGGAAAAUGUGGUUUAAAUUGCCCAGUUUAUGCCACUAUACCAGUAUACCAAAUGGGUCAAAUGUUUAUGUAUGAUUUACAUCAAUCUUUGUAUAAUGUGGAAGAUUUUAAUUUAUUUAAUUUAGAUGAUAUUGAUGCUGCUUUUGAUAAAGUCAUACAAGUAAAAUAUAACCAAAUUCUUUCAUUAAAAGGUAAGGGAAUUGGUAUAAAAAUUAUAGCAGUGCCUGCGGGUCAUAUGGUUGGUGGUACAGUAUGGAAAAUUUCCAAAGUUGGCGAAGAAGAUAUAGUAUAUGCAGUUGAUUUUAAUCAUAAAAAAGAAAGACAUUUGAAUGGUAGUGAUUUAGCACGGCUCGGAAGACCAUCUUUACUCAUAUUGGAUUGUUUCAAUGCUACAUAUUCUCAACCCAGACGUCGAGCUCGAGAUAAACUACUCUUGAAUUGUAUAUUGACAACACUUCGUUCCAAAGGAAAUGUGUUGAUAGCAAUUGAUACAGCUGGACGAGUUCUAGAAUUAAUGCAUAUGCUUGACCAGUUAUGGCGUAAUAGGGAAUCUGGUCUUUCUGCAUAUUCCUUAGUAUUUUUAACAAACGUUAGCUAUAAUACUGUAGAAUUUGCCAAGUCACAAAUUGAAUGGAUGAAUGACAAAUUGAUGAAAAGUUUUGAAGGUGCAAGAAACAAUCCAUUUUAUUUCAAAUAUGUAAAAUUAUGUCAUAACAUAGAUGAUUUAAACAAAGUUCAAGAACCUAAAGUUGUGUUAGCAAGUAAUGCUGAUCUGGAAAGUGGGUUUUCUAGGGAAAUAUUUCUCAUGUGGGCUUCAAAACCAAAGAAUAGUAUUAUUCUUACAGAAAGGACAGCCCCAGGUACACUAGCAAGAGAUUUAAUUGAUGAAGGUGGAGAUAGAUAUAUUAAAUUAACUGUCAAAAAACGUGUUCCCUUAGUAGAUAGAGAAUUAGAACAUUAUAAUGUCAAAUACAAAGAUGAAAAUAUGGUAGUUUGUAAAAAUAGUCAAGAAAGUUCAAAUUCAGAAAAUGAUGAACAUGUAACUGGUGAAUUUGAUUUACUUGACUCUGAGCUGUCAAAGAAAUCUUUAAAAAAAGAAUUACCACCAAUAUAUCCAUGUUUAGAAGAGGCAUGCAAAAUAAGUCCUUAUGGAGAAAUUAUAAAAAAAAAAUGUAUUCAAUUUGAUAACACACCAGAAGAUGAAAUUAAUUUAGAUGGGCAAACUAAAAAAACUGACAGUCAGGAAGAAAAAAUUGAUUUACAUGAAAUUCCAUCCAAGUGUCUGCAAUAUGAAGAAAAGAUUUUUGUAGCUGCUAAAAUUGUACAAAUUGAUUUUGAAGGUCGUUCAGAUGGUGAAUCAUUAAAACAAAUUGUUCUUGCAUUGAAACCAAGACGAUUAUUAAUAAUAAGAAGUUCAGAAGCCAGCUCUAAAAUAAUUUCAAAUUUUGCCAAAGUAUCUUGUGAAAGUACAGUAUUUUCACCUGGAAUUGGAGAAUGUUUGAAUGUAACAUCGGAAUCGCACAUUUAUCAAGUAAAUCUAACAAAUGAACUCCUUAACUCAAUACAUUUUAAAAAAAGUUCUAAUGGAGAUUUAGCUUAUUUAAAUGCUAUUUUAAAACCUAAAGCAAAUACAAAUGAAAAUGCCAUUGAUAUUGAUAUCCCAGAAAAGAUGUCUGGAAUUAAUGAUCCUAAAUUUACAUUAAAGCCUAUACCAGAUCAUCAUGCUUUAAACCAUAAAACCGUAUUUAUAAAUCGUUUAAAAUUAUCUGAUUUCAAACAAAUAUUAUUGAGAAAUAACAUAACUUGUGAACUAUCUAAAGGAGUAUUAUGGUGUUGUAACCGUACUAUUUGUAUACGUAGAACUUCUUCUAAAAAAGUUUUAGUUGAAGGAAUAAUUAGUAGGCAAUACUAUUUCAUUCGAAGUUUGUUGUACAGUCAAUUUAUUAUACUUUGAUUAAUUUUACUGUAUUAUUUAGACAUAAGUCUUAGAUUUUGAUUAAAAAUAAGUAUUUGUAUUUGUUUUGAAUACCUGUACCUAGAAC